AACUGGUACUCGGCUAGAUGUUUCAUGAUACUAAUGUUAAUGAUGCACUACAUGACGUCAGACUUGAACCUACUUGUACUUGUGCUGUGCAUCUACGCACUGCGGCGCAGGAAACCAGGCACAAUUGAAACUGGAUAUCUACCAUCAUGAUUAUGCUAUUACAGCAAGAAGGUACAAGAACAUUUACUCGACAGGAUUUUGCGUGAGAUUGAUUUUGUCGUCGCUGGGAAAAGACUGUAUUUUGAAGCGCCUCCAAAGUCACCGUUCGUGGAGCUGAGUCACCACAACGAGUCUUUUCUAGAUAAUCAGCUGAACGCUGAUCGAAGGCAAAAUGAACCUGCGGACAACUACUAGCCUCUCUGUACGGUUUGCAUUGUUGUGGGUGGUCUCGUUUCGUAGUGUUCUCUCCAGGACCGUCCUUGCAGGAACCCACGCCAGUACUGGAAAUGCAACAGGUGUUGAUGAGUCGUGUAUGGCACGAGUUCUUCAUCUUCUACCAUCUACAGCUCUUCGUCUUAGCAUCCAGGACACAGAGACACUACUUGAAAUAAUUGGCCUACGUCAACCCAUUGAUCAGCUCAACUACGCCAACGCUGACACCGCAUCCCUAUCAGCUUUGCUAGGUGGACGGCAGAAUGCUGAAAUGCUGGUACAGUGUCUGAGUGGGCAGCUUGAGCAAUGUCGCCAAAGUCCCCCAUGCAGCAAUGCAGGAAAAUGCAUUUUCAGCGGUUCUCGACAAGGGAGAGGCUCGUCGUACAUUUGCAACUGCAAUGAUGGUCAUUCUGGAACGUAUUGUCAGACCGUUCUCCCAUCGUGCGCUGGAAAUCCAUGUCAGAAUGGGGCAACAUGUCAACAAAGAGGAUCAUCAUUCCAUUGUCACUGUCCUCCACUGUAUACUGGACACCAUUGUGAAAAAAAGUGGCUGGAUGCAAGAACGUUCCGAAAGUACGCAAACACAGUGCAUCAAAUCAGUGACCAGAUGAAGAACCUGGAGCGAGGGAUAGACGCAGCCAGACAUGACGACGUCAGUCGGAUCGAAACCUUUCUCCAGAGACUUGAGGAAAAAGUCAUGACAAAGUUCAAUUCCACUUUGACUCAGCUCUCAUCUGAAGUUGUAGCACCGAAUCACCGCCUGGAUGAAGGCCACGGAAAUCAAGAAGCAAAUGCGUCGUGUGAACGAAUUAACCACGGGCAAUCAGGAUUGUUCACUGGUACAACAACGACUACGACAUUCACUGCAUACUGUGAUCGAGAGACUGAUGGAGGUGGCUGGAUUGUGUUUCAGAGAAGACAAGAUGGCUCAGUGGACUUUUACCGUGACUGGAAUGCAUACAAACGAGGAUUCGGAUCAGCUGCUGGAGAGUUCUGGCUGGGUCUAGAUACACUACACUAUCUGACGUCACAAGCUGGUAGUACUUAUGAACUGCGUAUUGAUAUGGUGUUCAAGACAACUGGACAGAAGAAUUAUGUUCAGUACUCAACAUUCCGUGUUGAAGGUGAAGCUAACAAUUACAGACUACACGUUUCAGGAUUCUCAAGCCCUACCUUGGUGAACUGGAUGGCUUACCUCAAUAGACAACAGUUCAGCACUCGAGACCGUGAUCAUGACACUGCCCCUGGUUACGACUGUUCUAAUGCACACAAGGGUGGUUGGUGGUAUAUCGCGUGUCACAAUGUCAAUUUGAAUGGAUUGUAUGGACGUAGUGAUGGCGACACAACUGGUGUAGUGUACAAUCAUGGCGGGUACAAGAGUUUGAAGUUUGUGGAAAUGAAGCUAAGAAGGCCUCUUCGCCUCAGCAUCCAGGAUACAGAGACCCUGCUAGCAAAUCUACGUCAACCCAUUGAUCAGCUCAACUACGCGAACGCUGACACAGCAUCCCUAUCAGCUUUGCUAGAUGGAAGGCAGAAUGCUGAUAUGUUGGUUCAGUGUCUGACGGUUGCAAAUGGCAACCUCGAUGCCUUGGAGAAGCGAGUUUCCCUGCCAAAUUCCAGGUGGAAGCCUCCUGAGAAGGCUGAGGUGACAAGUCAAGGCAAACUAAUUGAGGCUUACCUAAUGUCAGACUCUUCUGUCACUGGCAUUGGCGGCUUCUCUCGGUAUGACCGCUACAAGGACGGAGCGCGUCGACGGGUACAAACUGCCGCAACGACGGAUAUACCUCAAGGACCUCAACGGCCCACGGACCAACGACUGCUCGACAGGAAAUUUGAUGGGACAGUCAAUAGGCCUCCGGUGUUUUCGGGCAACCCUGCGGACUUCAGGGAGUGGGUCUUCGCUAUCGAGCUCGCCAUGGUGUCACAGCGCGUCAACGACGACCAGGAGCAGGUGCGAUUCGCUGCCAGCUACCUACAAGGCAACGCCAGGCUUUGGCUGAUGUCGGUAUUGGAUUCCGGCGCCUGCAUCCACGACUGGCCGACGCUAAAACAGUCACUCGGCGACGUGUAUGGCCCAGUCCAUGAACAGGAGGAAGCGCGCCUCAAGCUGUUUGGACUGGUGCAGCGCGGCAGCCUGGACGCAUACGUACAGGAAUUCACUAACCUCUGCCUUCAGGUGAACGACCUUUAUGACCAUUCGAAGGCGGUGCUGUUCGUGAGGGGCCUGCAUGCAGCAAUCGGUCACUCGGCUCUUCGGGAGCACCCGACAACACUAGGCCAGGCCAUUCGUGCCGCACGCAUGGCAGCCAUGCAGGCAUCAGGAGUAUGGAGGGAACAGACCACCACAGGCACAGGCAUUCGUCGGUCGAGGCACCCGGGUCCGGCACCUCACGCUCAGGCCAGUACACCGAGGCAACCUGUCAGUCCAUGGGGACGUCAGCAGCAGCAAUCUAACCGUACGACGGAUUUGCUGGGUGAUCGUAUGGGAGUCGGACACUCUGAUUGGGUGAAGGAGCAACAGGAUGCGUUACGCGUUGCUAAGGAUGCUAUUGUAGCGGCUCAGGCGCGGCAGGCCUUGUAUGCGGACAACACUCGUGCCCCCAGUACUAUAAAGGUUGGUGACCGUGUUCUGGUCUAUAGGGAUUUCCUCAUUACUCCCGAGGCGCGGAAUCAGCCGUCCCCUAAGCUGCGUUCCAAAUGGUAUGGUCCAUUUCCUGUAACUGAGAAGGUUGGUGCCAAUGCCUUCCGGUUGCUACUUCCUGCCAAUAUGCGUUGUCAUCCGGUGUUUAAUGUGUCAGCUCUGAGGCGGUAUGAGGAGAACUCUAUACCAGGACGGCAACAGCCGCCUCCGCCACCAAUAACGGAUCUGGACGGCAACACGCGUUAUAUUGUAGACGCGGUCGUCGAUGAACGGAAACGGAGGGGCCGCAUGGAGUAUCUAGUUCAAUGGCGUGGCUACAGAUUGUUCACUGGUACAACACCGACAAGAUACACUGCAUACUGUGAUCGAGAGACUGAUGGAGGUGGCUGGAUUGUGUUUCAGAGAAGACAGGAUGGCUCAGUGGACUACCGUGACUGGAAUGCAUACAAACGAGGAUUCGGAUCAGCGUCUAGAGAGUUCUGGCUACGUCUAGAUACACUACACUAUGUGACGUCACAAGCUGGUAGUACUUAUGAACUGCGUAUUGAUAUGGUGUUCAUGACAACUGGAGAGAAGCAUUACGGCAAGUGGUCAACAUUCCGUGUUGAAGGUGAAGCUGACAAUUACAGCCUACAUGUUUCAGGAUUCUCAAGCCCUGCCUUGGCGGACAGAAUGAGUUACCACAAUGGACAACAGUUCAGUACUCGAGAUCGUGACCAUGACCCAUGGAGUAUCGGAGACUUUUCUAAUACAUGGAAGGGUGGUUUGUGGUAUAACCAGUGUUACCGCGUCAAUGUCAAUGGAUUGUAUGGACGUAGUGAUGGAGACGCAACUGGUGUAAGGUACUAUCAAAACGUGUACAACAGUUUGAAGUUUGUGGAAAUGAAGCUAAGAAGGCGUGGAUAAAACCCAAAGUACUGCUAGAUUCACUUCACACUGUGCUCAUUUGCAUCCAACUGCAAACAUUCUGCAAUUUGAAACGUUUCCACUGGUUUCAUCUUUUCAUGAUGGAUUUUGGCUAUACUUGGAAAUAUGUUAUACCUCUUUCCACCCAUACAUUUCUUUUGCAGGAGAGUGAACCUUCCAUUCAAUUCUUAAUCGCCGGGUUCCAAAAAGCCAGUAAGUUCUUUUGUUUAACAUAAUAUUACUACACACAUGCACUAAGGGAGUGUUUACCAUUUCAGGGCAUUGCGCGCAUCUUCAUAACCAGCUCCCCCGCCGCCAUACAACACAAUGAUCUCCUAGGAGCGCUUUCGCUUUAUACUUCUUCUCAGUGAGCCAUCGUGGUUACAAGAAUACAAUCACUCUUUCUAAUAUACUGUACUUUUCCUGUCUACUACAAUCACCCGCAUUCUCUCACUAACCACCUGAACAUUAACCAUCUAGCGCUAUACACUUUACCAGCUGUUUUCUAUGUUGUUUUACGUCACUAAUGGCUUAAACUAGACACACUGUAGAAUGACUCA